UGUAGUCUACUCCUUAGAAAAGUGAAAGGCAGUCGUUCCCUCCUUUUGAACUGUCAUCAUCACAUGCUGUAACGUUAGUCUUAACAUCACAUGGUGUACCCAUAGCAAUAUCGUCUGCAGUCUAACACAGAAAUUCGACCUACUAGUUUAAACGCAUCGAAGUUUUAGCUAACAAACAAUCAAAAUGACUCUUGUUCAGCCAUCCACAGAGAUGCAGUUGCACAUUCGCACGGAGUUGAACGAAAAUAUAGCUACUCGGGAUAAGGAUUUAGAACAUAUUAAAGAAUGGCUCAGGUUACAACCUCACUUACCAAAAUUCCAAGAUGACGCCCGUAUUAUGACUUUUCUCAGAGGUUGCAAAUUCUCCUUAGAAAAAACUAAAAGAAAGUUAGACAUGUACUUUACGAUGAGAGCUGCAGUACCCGAAUUUUUCAACAACCGUGAUCCAUUAUUACCAGAAAUCAAAGAAAUUAUGAAAAUUGUGAAUCUUCCACCACUUCCUGGUUUGACUCCAGAUGGACGCAGAGUUGUAAUUAUGAAUGGAAUUGAUAUAGCUCAACCAAAUUUCAGUGUAGCCGAUGGUAUGAAAGUAGUACUGAUGAUUGGUGAUAUUAGAUUAAAAGAAGAGCACACCGGCGUUGCUGGAGAUGUGUAUAUAUUUGAUGCAAGUGUAGCUACACCCUCAAAUUUCGCCAAUCAUUUUGCCAAAUUUACUCCAGCUUUAAUAAAAAAAUUCCUUAUUUGUGUGCAGGAAGCAUAUCCUGUUAAACUCAAAGAGGUCCAUGUAAUCAAUGUUUCGCCAAUGGUUGACACGAUAAUAAAUUUUGUAAAACCAUUCUUGAAAGAGAAAAUUAGAAACAGGAUUCACGUACAUUCAAGUAUGGAAUCUUUGAACAAAUUUGUACCCAAAGAUAUGUUACCAGAAGAAUAUGGUGGACUUGCUGGACCAAUGAGUGAAAUAAACAAGCAAUGGUAUGAGAAACUAGUAACUUAUAAAGAUUGGUUUAAAGAACAAGAAAGUGUCAAGGCUGAUGAAUCAAGACGUCCAGGAAAACCAAAAACCCACGAUGACCUCUUCGGAAUGGAAGGUUCCUUUAAACAGUUAUCUAUUGAUUAAAUGUUUAUAUUUUGAAACACUAUAAUGUUUUUAUUUAAUCAAAUUCUUUUUUAUACUAUUAUGUGUAUUAUAUUUUUAUACUUUUAUUUUAUUUUCAAGACUUUCAUUGUACAAAAAUUAAUCAUAUAUUAGUACUUUUUUUUAUUAUAAAUCAUCAUUAAAGUAAAAAUCAUGAGCUCAAUAUCACAUCUUUACAUUGUUGACCACUUUUUUUUAAAUGUUUUAGCCCACUUUACUUUAAGUUUUCCGCACUCAAAAUGCACCAAAUACAUCUAUUACACGACUUUUUAAGAAUAAAAUAAUUUACAUAUUUUUUGAGUAACAAUUGAAUUAGACAUAGAUGCAAAUUCAUUUACAUAAUAAAUAUUAAAAUCUUAUACUCAGAAACACCA